AUGUCACGUGAAGCGUUGAUUCUCCUUUGCGUCGUUGCGUCUCUUCAGAGACUUGCAGUAGCACAAUAUCUGAAUUGCGACGACAGAACGCAGUGCACGUCGUGCGAAUGUUCCCGUACUAGUUCCUGUGGAGGAACACUCGUGUUCAGUACUACUACUACGUCUUUUCAGCUUCCUACAGUUGGAAGCAGAGCGUGUAACAACUGUACGUGGGUGUUGACGGUUCCUCGGGGGAAGAGAGUCCUACUCACCUUCAAAGAUUUUGAUCUCGGAGAAGGAGAUCAAUUGAGAAUAUUCGACGGACCUGAUUCUUCCUCUCGUCUCAUUGUCAAGUACUCAGAGGGAGACGAAGCAACGGAACUAAUAUCAUCCGGGAGCCAAAUGACUCUUCGUCUAAUGACCGACUCGUGUGGCCCGGAUACGAAGUUGUCAGCAUCAUUUCGUCCAACAGAUUGUGGACAGCUAGUCUGGUUGUACCCUACUAGUAGUAAAUCCAACAAAAAGAAAAAGACAAUUACCUCUCCGAAUUUCCCUAGACCGUACCCCAAAAACCUCUAUUGCUUGUGGACGUUCGUUAGCGCUGAAGCGUCGUUGUUCUCGACAAAUAUGGAAGUUACAUCCUUCAAAACAAGCGAUGCAAAGGACAAGCUGAGGAUUCAAUCUCUUGACAACAAAGGAAGUGUACAAUCAUUUUCUGGGCCCCGUCGCCUCAAACCUCGACAAGCAAUCGUGCGACUACGAAAUGUCCCCGGGAUAAGCGUACGUUUUACUACAGAUGACAAAAAGAAGGCUGGCAAAGGAUUUGAAUUAACUGUCACAUCAAUGUCUUCGGAUACUGCCUGCGCACGCGCAAAAUCUUUAAAGAACAGCAAACGGACAAUCAUAAAUUACGGAAAGAAAGCCAAAUACACUUGUUGCAAAGGAUUUGCGCUUGAUGGUGACAACACAAAUGUAUGUAAUGGUGGAAGAUGGUCUGCUGCGUCUCCGCUGUCAUGCAAACCUGUGAAUUCGUGCAAAUUGCCACACAACAUGAAGGUCAUGGAAGACAACCAGUCCGUAGGGUUGGGCGCUACCGUCAAGAUUGGCUGCACUGACGGAAAGUACUUAUCAAAUAACCGUGAUUCACUUUCUGUUCGUUGUGACUGCAAUGGUCGCUUGGGUAUGCCUGAUAACCCUCCUGUUUGCGAAGAGAGGUUCUGCAAAACGCCUCCUGGCGCUCCAAGUCCCAAUGGUUUGACGGAUGUCACCAAGGAUCCCGCUUAUCGAUUUCCGGUUGGAUACAUUGUCAACUAUACAUGCCCCCAAGGAUAUGGACUCGAUGGUAUCCCUUAUAGAGUCUGUACCUCUCGCGGUUCGUGGGAACCAAAGACUAAAAUACACAAAUGUGAAGCCGGCUAUCUGGCCUGUUCCGAUCCCGGGACUCCAAAAAAUGGCUUUCGUAACGUCAAUUCUUUUGGCAACGAACGCUACGCAGCAUUUGCAUGCAAUCCAGGUUAUAACAUGAAGGGAAGUUACGAGCGUUAUUGCCGCACGAAUAAUACUAACAAUACUUUCUGGGAUGGAGAGCCACCUGUUUGCCUAAGCAAGUUUAAGAACACCGCGCAACUGGCUGUUCAGUUGAAAGAAAGCUUCGUUGAUCGAACUCUUGGUUGCGAUAAGAAGUCGGCCAAUCCAACCCCAACUCCUACUCUCAGCGCACCCUCUACUACUCCCAGCGCGCCCUCUACUACUCCCAGCACGCCCCCUAUUAUUGAUUCUCAGCCUGUCUGCCCUCGAGGUCGCACUGUGAUCGUCGGGGAGGGUUGUAUUGACCUUAUCUACAUCGUUGACUGCUCCAAAAGCGUUGGGAAUGUGAAUUUCAACCACAGCCUUGAAUUUGUUGGCCGCUCUGCGUCGUUGUUUGACAUUGAGGGUGGCGUUGCUAGAGUAGAACUCAUUACAUAUGAUCACAAGGUUUACCCACAGUUCAAGCUCGGACAGAAAACGUCGAGAAAGGAAGUAAUCGAAGCGAUAAGAGCGGCUCAAUUCAAAGGAGGCAACACCGCCACCGGAAGAGUUUUGAAGUAUGCUCGCGAAGUAGUCGCUAAUGAAACAAGAGCAAACUGUCGCAAGGCCGUCUUUUUGUUUUCCGACGGAGGCAACAAUUGGGGCGGCGACGACAACCCGGAAGCGAACAUGCUGAAAAAAAUAAAGAAUGUUGAGAUCUACACAGUAGCAUUUGGAGUGGAAGAGAACGGCAUCAAUAUAGAUAGCUUGAGAAAUCUGGCAUCGAGACCGGAUUAUUUCUUUGAAGUGAGCACGGUGGAAAACAUUCGAGAAGCAUUUGAUAAAGCGUUUCACGUUAAAGUUGAUUACUGUACCGAGUGCGGACGCAGUUUUACACCAAAUUGCAGAGAGAUGCAUGGAGCUAACUGCGACGCUGAAGGCGGUGCAUGGCCGUGGAUGGUUGGGAUAUACAAAAUGAAUAGAGGCAACCCAGAAUUGCUUUGCGGUGGAGCUAUUAUCGGUGAAUGUUGGGUCCUGACGGCGGCACACUGCUUUGAGGGUAACAAUUUCAACAAAUCGAAUCUACGAGUAGUCGUCGGGGACACAGAGAGGUUUGUCCAAGAGUUCAGUGAAGAAGCGUUUUAUGUCGAGCAAGUAUUAAUACAUCCCGAAUUCGACAGAAAGAACGGAAUGGGUUCAUACAACAAAGACAUAGCACUGCUUAAACUUUCUUGCAACGUCACUUGUUCGCCUCGUGUAAGCAAGGCUUGCCUUCCAAAAGCCAGUGACUCGAUCUAUUACCAAGCUGGUACAAGAUGUAUAGUUACCGGAUGGGGAGCUACAAAGAGGGUGGCGUUAGCGGAGGACGCUGGGCCAAAAUCGACUCAGUUAAAAGAGCUACACUUGCCAAUAACUAACCAAGACAAGUGCAGACAAAGUAUGAUCGAAGAGUUUAGAAAGGACGUCACGGAAUUUACUGUCUGUGCCGGCGACGGAACGGGAAGGAAUGACACUUGCCAAGGAGACUCCGGCGGUGCGCUCUUUUGCAAACGCAACGACCAGGACAGCUAUGUUAUCGUUGGGAUCGUCAGUUGGGGAGAAGGUUGCAAACAACCCAAGAAGUAUGGUGUCUACACACACGUGCUCAAACUUAUCGACUGGGUGUAUAGAGAGAUGUCGACGCGACCGUGCGAGAGACCAAGAGAUCCCGAUGAAGAAGAAAAAAUUUGUCCCAAACCAAAAACCAUAGUGUAAUCAUUGCUGUGAUUUUUUGCUAGCACAGACGAGCAUACGACAGGAUUUGUAAAGGACAGCUAAAUAGAAUUUGCUUAAUUUGUAGUAGCGUUUCUGAUCAUUGAAUAGAACAUAUACAAAAGGUUUAUU